AUGAGUGCAAUCGCCGGAAAUUCACCAACCAGUCAACGAAAACAAAGUAACGCUUCUGGUAGUGGAGAUUUAUCAGAACAAUCGACCCCUAGAGGAACUAAACGUGAAAAUGAAGACGAUGAUGAUGAUUCUGGGGAUGAAGAAGUUGGAAGCAAAAAUGAAAAACGUGCUGGUCGUCGUAAGAUAAAAAUCGAAUAUAUUGAUGAUAAAAGUAGGAGACACAUAACUUUCAGUAAGCGAAAGGCCGGUAUAAUGAAGAAGGCAUACGAACUUAGUACUCUUACGGGAACUCAGGUAUUGCUUCUUGUAGUAUCAGAAACUGGACUCGUAUAUACGUUUACCACACCGAAACUUCAACCCCUCGUAACAAAACCUGAAGGAAAAAAUUUGAUUCAAGCUUGUUUGAAUGCACCGGAUACUCCUUCAGCUCAAGAUACAACAUCCACGGUAAAUAUUAAAAUUUCACUUUUUUACGUAUAA